UGCUGAGCCCAGCAUGCCCAGCUCCAGCGGUGUCUCCGCCGCCCUCUCGAGACCACAGCUUCCUUCCUCGCUCCAGGGGGCGAAGCCGGCUGGGGGAGGGGGCUUAUACAGGACUCAGCUCCCCGCAAAGCGGCUCCGCCUUUCUCGCUCUCGGCCUCCGCGCCCGGAAUCUUCCCAUCUCUCUGGCGGCGGUGGAUGGGGUGCAGCGCGACCCUGCAGCGGCAGCAGCUGCUUCUUCCAUCACUCGGAGGAUGCCCGGGCCGGCAUAGCCUGCAGCGCCCGCCGCUCCGCAGCCUCCUACUGGCCCGGGAGGACCCUACACACACAACAAUCGGCCAAGGAGACGGAGUCUGCAACGCUCCCUUGCCGGCCCGCCCCCCCCCUCCCCCGCGGCACCAGCCGCUUCUGGCCAACGAGGUAUCGGGGCAGAGGGAGCCCCCGCCGCUGCCGCCGCCGUGCGAAAGCAGCGCCCGGGAGGAUGCUGCUACCCGACUCCCCCUACGCUGAGCGGCUGCAACGCGCUCCGGCCAGCCUCUGCGCGGCUGCUGCCAGCCUGCGCCGGGUUGGUGCGCGCGGCCGUCCGUCCCUGCGGCUCCUCCCCUUCGCCGCGCUGCCCUCCUCCUCCGCCCGUCCCGUGCCCGCCCCCCUUGAAGAAUCGGGCUCCAGCCGCCUCCGCCGCCUUGGGGGCAGGAGAUGCGGGGCUCGAUUCACCGCGACGACGCUCGGGCCGCCAUCUACACGACCGAGGCCGUAGCAGUCCGUCCCCAAGCACCUGGGCGCGGAAGCGGGGUGCGGAGAGAUCGGGCGCCCAGGGCUCUGAGAAACUUGGAGUCUCCUUGCGGCUGCCGGGCUUAGGCGCCCGUUUUUGCUUUCAGAGGGAGUUGGUGAUAAAGUUAGGGCAGAAAUCCCCAAGCGGCCGCCCACUCCGCUCUUCGCCCUGGGCGUCGGCACCGCCCUCCCCUCUGGGAACCCAGGACUCACCCGGCUCCGAGGAUGCCGAGCGCCGCUUGCAGGCUUUCUACUCCCGGCUCACGCGUUCCAGCUGCUCUGGGGCUUCUCCCUCAGCGAGGAAGUAAUAAAUCUUUCUGACCCCGGGGUCAAAGAAGACGCAUCAGUUUUUGGGAGGAGUGUGCAGGCGGGGCGCCUUCCCCCACUUUACUCCACCUACGGAUAGAGCAGCUUGGGGUUCACUACGUCCCCCGCAGAUGCUCUCCUGGCCUCCGCUCGUAAUGAUGCGUCCGCUGUGACCGAGUGCUCGGGAACUGGGCUGAUGGGGGUCGGGGAGUGACUCUGUUGUUCCAGUUUACAGUAAAAUACUUGUCUUGCUUCUUGCUUUUA